AUGGAGGAAGGCAACAGAACUGGUGGUAGUGGCAGCAGCAGUCUGGACACCAUCAAGGAGGAAGCAUUACAUCUCGAGCACAGCUGUGACAUCUCCAAAAGCACAUUUGCACAUCUUCAGGACCUGAAGGAGCAGAAACACACGGGAAGUCUUGAUUUUCUGCAUUCUUGCAGUGUGUGUCGUAAAAUAUCUAAAAAUAAUGGUGGCUUGGAGAAGCAUUCAUGUGUCCACACAGAAUGUCCCUGUAAAUGUGAAUUGUAUCACAAGGUACACACAGCUUGUAGCAAACUGAGGAGACACUCACAGGUGCACACAGGCGAACGUCCGUACACUUGUCGUGUGUGUCUCAAGACAUUCACAGAAAGAGGCCACCUCAAGAGACACUCACAACAGCACAAGGGGGAAAGACCCUAUUCUUGCAACAUAUGUCAAAAGAAAUUUGCAUAUAGCUACAGCUUCAAGGUCCAUGUAUGUUUCCAAACAGGUGAACGCCAUGAACGCCCAUACAGUUGUGAUGUCUGUCAGAAGAGGUUCACGAGGAGCGGCAACUUGAUGAAUCACUUGGCAGUGCACGUUGGUGAGCAUCCGUACAGCUGUGAUGUCUGCCACAAGACAUUCAAGCAAAAUGUGAGCCUGAUGCGACACCAGCAACUGCAUGCAAGUAGGUGCCAGGGAGCAGUUAGCAAACCCCCUAGCAGCAGUAGCUGUGGCAGCAACAGCAGCAGGUCCAACAGCAGGGCUGCCAACACUGCCCUCACCUGGAAGGUCUACAGAUGCAGUUUCAAUGGCUGCCACAAAGCAUACGGCAAGAGUUCGCAUCUGAAGGCCCAUCUUCGGAUACACACAGGGGAACGGCCAUUUUCGUGCACGUGGUCUGGUUGUGGUAGGAGGUUCACCCGCUCAGACGAGCUGACGCGCCACUCUGUCACCCACACUGGCGAGAGGAACUUCUGCUGCCCAAUCUGUGACAAGAAGUUUGUGCGCAGUGACCACUUGAGCAAACAUGUCCGCAGGCAUCAAACUUAUGACCCGUCAGAACUGCGAUGGCGACUACCACCUCAAAAGGCGUGCGCCAUCAAUUCCAGUGACAGUACACCAUCUGAGGUCCUGUUUGAUGCAGUGCCAUCACCCUAGCAUCCUCUGUAUGCUGCAAACCUUCUCUGAAGUAUUUUAGAAGUUUAUAAGUUUGCAGUGACUAAAAUGUGACUGGGGAUGUAGACUUAGAGUCCUCCAAAAACCUUAAUAACUGUCAUUUUACCCUCAAACAGUG